AUGUGAAAAUCCAUAAUCGUACUUAAUCGGAUAGCUACAAAUCGCGAGUGUAAAAAGGUGCCGAUUCAUUUGGGAUUUCAACGCGACGCAACAAAUCUGAAUCGGCGGAUAAGCGGCAUCAUGCGCGUGUUCGCUCUCGUCGCUGGCGUCCUCUGCGCACUCUGCUCGACCAACUUCGCAGAGGCAAAUCCCGACUCAGUGGCAAAAGUUCGCGUUGCCGCUGACAAUGCGUUCGCCGGUGGGGACAUGAAGACAGCAAUUUCUCUGCUAUCCAAGCUCAUCGAGCUGGAACCCAAGAACGAGCGCAACUUCUACAAGCGCUUCCGGGCCUAUUUGAGCGAGCGCAAGUACUCGCACGCGUUGUCGGACCUUUCAUCGUCGCUAGACGUAAAUCCCAAGUACAAACAGGGUCGACUACAGCGUGGCAAGCUGCUUAUGAUGCUGGGGCAGUGUGCCGAAGCCUCUCAGGAUUUCCAGACGGUUGUUGAGUUGUACCCGAAAGAUUCGGCCAGUGCUGAGCAACUGGAUAAAAGCAAGGAAUGUGCCUCGUAUAUCGACGAAGCGGAGCGUGCUCACAGUCGCGGAGACUACCAAUCGGCCUACAAUUACUUGUCACAAGUGCUGGAAGGCUCAGCCAUCUCGAGUGUGCCACUGCUUCUGGAACGUGCGCAACUGAGUGUGUCACUGCAAAACCCUUACGACGCAAUUGCCGAUCUGGGAUCAAUUCUAAAACUGGAUGCGUCUAAUUUGAUCGCGUUACAGAUGCGUGGCGAGGUGUUGUACUCUCUGGGCGACAAACAGUCGCUGGAGGCGGCUCAGUCGCACUACCGACAGGGUUUGCACUCAGAUCCCGAGCACAAAGGCAUCAAGUCAUUGUACAGACGACUCAAAAAGGUACUGAAAUAUGUGAAUCGAGCUGAAGACGCCAUGCAACGUGGAGCACACGCUGAGGCGGUGGAAGAGUGGCAAUCGGCUCUAGAAGUGGACCCGGACCACUCUGCAAUGAACAAGGAGUUCUUUCUCCAAUUGUGCACGAGUGAGCUGCACUUGAAACACUUUAAAGAAGCUCGUGAUGCCUGUGAGAAGACAGUGGCAAUCGAUAAUGGCUACGCUCUGGCCUUUGCCAAGCUGAGCGAGGCACAGAUCGGACUGGAGCUGUACGAGGACGCCGUUCGGUCGGCAAAACGAGCUGCUGAACUGGAUGAUAGCCGCGAAUUUAAGGAAAAAGUGGCUCAGGCAGAGGCCGCGUUGAAGCAGAGCAAGACCAAGAAUUACUAUAAAAUUCUGGGCGUGGCUCGCAACUCGGAAGCCAAGGAGAUCAAGAAGGCGUAUCGCAAACAGGCGCUGGAAUGGCAUCCGGAUAAGCACACGGACAAGGAUGAGGCAGAGCGGGAGGAGGUGGAGAAGCGCUUCCACGAUAUCGCUGAGGCUUAUGAGAUCUUGUCGAACGAGGAGACCCGUGCUAAGUACGACCGUGGCGAAGAUGUCACUGGCAACCCGCAACAGCAGCAGCAGCGUGGAAACCCGUUCAGCAAUGCACACUUUUUCCAGCAAGGAGGACGCACUUUCCACUUUAACUUUGGAGGCUAGAAGAGAUGAUGUUGUACAGAGCGAUUGUGGAGUGGAAUGUGACGGUGAGAACAGAAUGGCUACAAGUACGUUUGGAGCGCUGGACUACGACCAUUUCCUAAUGAAUAAUGGUAGGUUUCCAGACGCCUACUGUCUUAAUAACAUUCGGUUUGUCUUGUGCCGAGUUUUUGUUGUUGCAUCAAGUUACUGAUGUGUUGCAUUUUUAAGAAACCACUGCG